AUGGAUGUGCGGUCGAAGAAUCGUCGGGUCAGCAUGCUCAGCGCGACGCGGAAGAACUUCGCCGAGGUGGAGCGCAUCGUACGGUCGCUGACAGCGGAUAGGUUAGCGGCCGCCAGGGCGGAGCUGGAGACGUCGGGCAAGACUACCGACGAUGGCGUCAAGGAGCUUCUAAGAUGCCUUUCGCUGUACGGCUAUCGGCAGCCCAUGUCGAGGGAGCUCCGUCUGAGCAUGCGGCGCAAGAUCCAGUCACUCAUCUUAUGUCGUGGCGUGCCUGCAAUCUGGUUCACGCUCAACCCGAACGACAUCACGAACCCGGUGAAGCUGAGACUGGCGGCAUACCGCACACGUGAUCCCGCAGCGGCCGAGGCAUUCCUGCAAGGCCUCGACAAGGCGUUCAAACGUGCGCGGCUGGCCAUCUCGGACCCGUUAAGCUCGGCCGAAUUCUUCCACCGAGAAAUGACGUUGUUCUUCGAACAUUACGUGAGAGUGGGCGAGGAGUCGGUGUUCGGGCGCAUCAGCCACUAUUACGGUGCCGUCGAGACCAACGAGCGUGGAGCGCUCCAUGUUCACGGACUGCUCUGGCUGCAGGGCAACGUGCAUCUAAGCUCGAUGCUUGCCGAUAUCGACGGCGAGGAUCAAGCGGCAUACCGAGAACGCAUCGUCAGAUACGUCGACAGUGUCUUUUCCGAGGAUCUGGACCAGGAAGGCUUCUGCGCAAUGCAGGCCGAGCGAUCGGUGACGUCAGAUAUAUCGCAAUUUCUGGGCGACGAACGGCAAUUUUCAGCCUCGUUCGACGAGGAAGCGAACUUCUGUGCCGGCGCGACGCAGAUCCAUACCCACAGCCCGACCUGCGUCAAGUACUCGCUGGGCAAAGGGGGGCGCAAGGGCGAUUUAUGUCGUUUCAAGGCGCCGUGGGGACUGGUCGACGAGACGGCCUUCACGGGAGACGGCGUGCUGCGGAUUCGGAGGUCGCACAGCAUGGUGAAUCGGUGGAACAAGGCCAUUGCCGUGGGGCUUCGCCACAACCAUGACAUAUCUUUCAUCGCCACACAGCGUGACGGAAUGGCCGACGGCGCGGAGGUUCGUGGAGACAGUGGUGCCGGUGACGAUGGCAGGCAGAAUAAGACACGGCAGUUCCUGAUGAAGGUGGCGAAUCGCGUGUUUACGGAGAGGCCGUUAUCUGCUUGGGCGUUCCUGAACGUAUCGUUGCUCUACUGGCAAGUCUUCCGACAAUGGCCGCACCUUCGACGAGAAAGCGGCGCAGCCGUUGCAGAUGGCUCUGUGGACGAGUCAAUACUCGUCGAAGAAGCAGGCCAGAGGAUUUGCCGUGUCGAGGCAUACCGUCAUCGGGGAGACGUCCUUCGAGGGCUGUGUCUCUACGACUACGUUUCGCUGGUGCUCAGGCGACCGGGCAAGCAGGCCACGGUCUGCCUCGACGGGUAUUUGAGCAAGGAUUUCGACGAAGACGACGAAGGGUCGUGCUACCGAAGAGCGGCUGUGCAGCAUCUUGCGCUGUUCGUGCCGUGGGAGUCUUUCUUAGACGAAGAAAGGGGCGACAUCAACUGCAUAUGGGGGCGGCAACGAGCAGCCCUGGCCCCGAGGAUAUCAUGUUUCGUCGAUAACGUGCAGUUGCUGCGACGGUCGGCCGAAGAUGCAAAGCGGGACGCACGGCAGUGGGCGGCCUCGUCCGGUGACGGCGACCCCACGGCAGUACGUCCGGACGAGGACGGCACCGGGGAGGUGGGUGUCGAGCCCGGAUCGGGAUACCAGGCCGACAGUGCGGGAAGCACGAAUCGCCUAAUCGACGUUGUCAGAAGCUCGAUCGGGCCGAACCAAAUCACGGCCGGCUCGCCGGAGCUCACGGCGAUGAUGCAGGAGCUCAGCCGAUUUCAGCAAUCGGCGCUGUCCUCUUCUUCCGAGGUCCAGGCCACAAUACUACCCGAACGGGGCCCAAGACGAAUCAACAUCCCGGGCGGGCAUUCUCCGGAGCCACCAUACCGCCGCAAACCUGUCCACGGCACCGGUGACUGGUCGCCGCGCGGCGAUGACGGCAGCGGAGCUCGAGGAAGGAGUAGCGGGGCCAGCGCGGGAAUGGAGAUCCGGUUCGGUGCCUCAACCUCCUUCCUCGAGGCGGGCAAGGCCCUGGCAGCGCGGCUCACGCUAAACAAGAAGCAGGCGAUCGCCUUCCUAAUUAUAUGCCGCCAGCUUGACCUGAUACGGCGCGGGGAGAAAAGCAACUCACGAGUCAUCGAGGCGCUCGUCGAGCUCUUCGCGUCCAAGGAUCAAUCGAAUCGUCUGAUGAUAACGGCGACGUCGGGGACGGCAGCAGCGCGGAUCAACGGCAUUACGAUCCACUCCGCCUGCGGGUUCUCGAAAGAUCUCGCGGCAGCCGCAAACGCGGCCAAGGAUCUCGACGGGGUGCGACUGCCGAAACAGGCGGAGCGGUUCGUCGACGGGCAAUCCCGGAUGGACUGGCAGGAGAAGGACGUGCUCGUCAUCGACGAGGUGAGCAUGCUCGGGGCGCGGACGCUACACGCGGUGAACGAGCAGCUCUGCCGGCUGCGCGGGUCGCACCAGGAUUUUGGAGGUAUUCCGAUCGUCCUCUUCUGCGGAGACUUCCACCAAUUCCGCCCCGUCCAAGAACGCUCGAUCCUCCUCCCCAGCACCGCCGUCUCGUGGGACGUAGACAGCUCCUUCAAGGCCGAGACACGGCACCAGCACGACAAGGCGCACGCGUUGUGGAAGAGAUUCACGACCACGGUCAUGCUGGACGAGCAGGACCGCUCGGAUCUGGACCUCCUCAACUCAAGAUGCUACCGGGAAGGCAGGCGGAUCCCGUGGGAGACGUGCAUCACCGUGGUGACGCCGCUGAACAGGAACCGGUGGAACCUCAACAUGGAGGCCAGCUUGGCGUUCCGGGCCCAGCAGCGGUCAGUGAUGCGCAUCUUCAUCUCGGAUCAUACGUGGAAGGAGGCCCUGCCGACGGAGGAAGAGGCCAUCAUGAUGCUGAACCAGGGCGACGACAGCGCGAUCCCGGUGCCGGCCGUCUUCAUGUUCGUGCCGGGGAUGCCGGUCGUCGUGAACCAUAACACCCAUCAGGGGCUAAAGCUGGUGAACGGCGCCGGCUACACGGCGCUGGAGGUCGUCCUCGACAAGUCGUACCCGGGGCAUCGUAUCACGGCAGACACGACGUGCCAGCGAAAGAGGCCGUGGCAGCAGAACGACGUCAGCCGAAAGGGCCUGCCCUGUACGGCAGCCUUCGCGUGCACAGACUAUAAAGUGCAGGGCAGGACGCUCGAGCGUGUAGCUCUGGAGCUGCGGGGAACGCGGACGUCAAACAUCGACGGACGCGCCGUGUCCUCGCAGUGCGACCCGUACAGCCUGUACGUGCAGCUGUCUCGCUGCCCGACGCUGGACGGCAUUAUGCUGGUCUCGAAAUUGCGGGAGAGGGACCUGGUGGGCAACAAGGUGCCAGACGAGAUGACAGACGCAGAAGCGAGGCUGGGCCAGCUGAGCGACAAGACUGUCCGCGAGGCCUCGGGAUGGCUAGACGUUGAUUCCUGGACUCUAAAGGCACGGGCCUGGACGUGUAGCUAUCGCGAUGCCGGGCGCAGGGCGCUGGACGGCACCAUGCUCGUGUCAGGGAAGCCAAGGGUUUCGAGGGUAAAGUAG